AUGGAAUUGGGUAGUUUAGUCAACCUGGAGACAUUGGAGAAUUUCUCAACAGAGCAUGGGAGUGUGAGGGAUCUCCAAGGUAUGACACGUCUCAAAGCCCUCUCUAUCUCAUUCAACGGCAAAGGUUGUACAAUGGAAACUCUAUCUUCAUCUCUAAGUGGAUUAAGCCACUUGGAAACUCUUACUAUAUAUGAUGAUUACAAGUUGUAUGCUCCCACCAAUGAUGAAGAAGGAUUUUUUUUGGAUUGCAUGAAUCUCAAACAGCUCAAGUUGAGUAUAUAUAUGCCGAGGUUACCGGAUGCGCAACGUUUCCCUUCUUAUCUUACAAGCAUAACUCUGAGUGGUUGUUGUUUGGAGGAGGAUCCUAUGCAGAUUCUGGAGAAGCUUCUUCACUUAUAUGAGGUUAGUUUAUUGAAUAAAUCUUUCUGUGGGAAGAGAAUGGUUUGCUCGGGCGGUGGGUUUCCUCAGCUGCAUAAGCUUGAAUUAUCUGGACUUCUUGAUUUGGAAGAGUGGAUAGUAGAAGAAGGCUCCAUGCCUCUUCUUCACACUCUGACUAUUCGUAAUUGUCGAAAGUUAAAAGAGCUUCCAGAUGGGCUAAGAUUUAUCACUUCCUUGGAAGAACUAGAUAUGAACACACAUACAUUAGAAUUCUGGAAGAAAUUGUCUAGAGGAGGAGAAGAAUACUACAAAGUCCAGCACAUUCCUCUUUUGAAUAUUAUUUAA